GGCAGCCGCCCGUGGAACGCUUCCCACUCGCCAGUUCGGGUUCUUGGCUUAAGGCCGGAAAGGAGGAUUUCUAAAUCACACUAGAAGCAGUCCAGGUAGAAGCUGGAACAGCUCUGAUCCAGUCAUCGUUUGCGCACAACUAGGAAAUCCUGCUCCGCUUCCCUGAGAGAAAACCCCAGUCGUCAGGGCUGAAAAUCUCCUGCUGUUUUGGACAGUGUGUUUUCUUAACUUAAAUCUCUUGUAACUUCUCCGUGGAGUGCCUUCCCGUUCCAGGGGAUGCGCCCUGCUUCCUGAUGCCCUGGGAAUAGGCUGCUUCUGCUCGUAACAGAAAUGUGGAAAAAAUGCAUAAAAUGGAUUUGCUAACAACUAGUCUGCAGAAUAAAUAUCCACAGUGGAUGCUUACCCAAAACCAAGAGGGAGUUUUGGGUGACAAAAAGAAGUCGCCUGUUCAGAGGAGUGUUUUGGAAGAUGGGCUGCCGUUCCUAGAGUUCUGCGGCUCUGUCAUUUACAGCUACGAAGCCAGCGACUGUUCCCUUAUAUCAGAAGAUAUCAGGCAGAGUUUAUCAGAUGGGGCUGCUGUUGGAUUUGAUAUUGAAUGGCCACCAUCAUAUACUAAAGGAAAAAUGGCGAAAAUAGCUGUAAUCCAGAUAUGUGUAACUGAGGAGAAGUGUUAUUUGUUUCACAUCUCUUCGAUGUCAGGUUUUCCCAAGGGACUCAAAAGACUGCUCGAAGAUGAAACAAUUAAAAAGGUUGGCGUAGGAAUUGAGGGAGAUCAAUGGAAGCUGAUGAGUGACUUUGAAAUCAAACUGAAGAGCUUUGUGGAGCUGGCUGACGUUGCUAAUGAGAAACUGAAGUGUAAGGAGAUAUGGAGUCUAAAUGGUCUGGUAAAACACCUUUUUGGCAAGCAGCUUUUGAAGGAUAAGUCUGUCCGCUGUAGUAACUGGGAAGAGUUUCCACUCAAUGAAGAGCAAAAAUUGUAUGCAGCCACAGAUGCCUAUGCUGGCUUCAUCAUUUAUCAAAAGCUGAAAAAUAUGAAUAACAGUGACCGGAAAUUAUUUUGUGUAAGAGAUGAUGUGUUGUCAGAGGGUGUGAAGGAGCGCUUGACUUCACUAGCUGAAGAGAUAACGGACAUGGCUUCUCGCAUCCCUGACUCUUCUGGACAACAUGAAAAUUUGCAGAGGGCUGCAGAAAUACUAGCUGACAUAUCAGAGAACGUAAAUGCCUUAAGAAGGAUGCUGUUUGGUUCAGGUUCCCCUUCUGCGCUGGAGAGGAGCUGUGGCGCAACUCCAACAUAUCUUGAAGCAGAGUCAGCAAAUGUUGAAGCACAAAAAGUUGAAAUGCCUGAAUUUGCUAAACAACUUGAAGGUGACUUCAACAUCUGCUCUGAUGCUACGCUAGCUGGCCUCUGGGAGGGAGAUGGUAAUGAAGAAGAGGCAGAGAGAGGUAACACUGUGGAAGAUGGGGCUGCAGCAACCAGCUCUAAGGACAAAGCAGACAGAGAUGACUUCAUGUCACUAGACAUUACUGAGCAAGAACUUCAGAUCUUGGAACAUCAGGCUGCAAAAGAAUUGGUCGACGAAGCUGUGCCUGAGGAGGCAUGCUCCACAGACAACGAACAAAAUAUUUCCUGUGUCAUUGAAAGUGAUGAAGAACUGGAAAUGGAGAUGCUUAAAUCUUUAGAAGAUGUAGAUGAUUGCAAUGGAGUUUUAACUGAAAGAGAGUCCAAUAAAGCCAGGAAAACUCCUGACACAGAAUUAAACCUUGCACCAGACGGUGAUGAAGAUGAAGGCAUUGAGGAAGAAGAGGAGGAACGUUUGGAUCCAUUGCUGCCAGUACCUAGUGAAAGCCACAUCACAUGUCUGAAGACAUAUUUUGGGCAUUCUUCUUUUAAACCGGUCCAGUGGAAAGUGAUCAAUUCUGUUUUAGAAGACAAAAGAGAUAAUCUUGUUGUCAUGGCAACUGGCUAUGGAAAAAGCUUGUGCUACCAGUUUCCUCCUGUUUACACUGGAUAUACAGGAGUUGUCAUCUCUCCUCUUAUCUCCUUGAUGGAGGACCAGGUGCUGCAGCUGACAAUGUCAGAGAUUCCAGCUUGCUUGCUUGGUUCGGCUCAGUCGAAAAACAUCAAAGAAUGCAUCAAAGCGGGUCAGUACAGAGUCAUAUAUAUGACUCCAGAGUUUUGUUUGGGGAACUUGGAGUUACUUCAGGAUCUUGACCAAGCUGUUGGUAUUACCCUCAUAGCGGUUGAUGAAGCUCAUUGCAUUUCCGAGUGGGGCCAUGACUUCAGAAAUUCCUUUAGAAGUUUAGGCUCAUUAAAGAAGGCUUUGCCAUCGGUUCCCAUUGUCGCUUUAACUGCAACUGCAAGUCCGUCGAUUAGAGAAGACAUAGUGAGUUGUCUGAACCUGAAGAAUCCCCAGGUCACGUGUACUAGUUUUGACAGACCUAACCUGUACUUAGAAGUUGGACAACAAAGUGGAAAUAUCCUUAGGGAUUUGAAGCAGUUCCUUACUAGGAAAGGAAGCACUUCUGCAUAUGAGUUUGAAGGCCCCACUAUCAUCUACUGCCCUUCAAGAAAGGCCACCGAACAGGUUGUGUCUGAAUUGAUUAAACUCAACGUGGCCUGUGGUGCAUACCAUGCUGGUAUGGGAAUCAAACAAAGGAGAGAGACCCAUCACCAGUUCAUGAGGGAUGAAAUUCAGUGUGUUGUGGCUACGGUGGCAUUCGGAAUGGGCAUCAAUAAAGCAGAUAUCCGGAUGGUUAUUCAUUACGGUGCCCCUAAGGAAAUGGAAUCUUAUUAUCAAGAAAUUGGGAGAGCUGGUCGCGAUGGACUUCCUGCCUCUUGUCACGUCUUGUGGACUGCGGCAGACUUGGUUUUUAACAGACAUCUUCUCAGUGAGAUACGCAAUGAAAAGUUUUUGUUGUACAAACUGAAGAUGUUGGCAAAAAUAGAGACGUACCUUGUGUCAAAUAGCUGCAGGAGGAAAAUCAUCCUGUCUCAUUUUGAAGACAAACAACUCCGAAAGGUUUCCUCUGGCAUCAUGGGCACAGAACAAUGCUGUGAUAAUUGCAGGUCCAGAGCCUCUUGCUUUGCAGUCCCCAGUGACUCAGAAGGUGGUUUACAGGACUUUGGGAAGCAAGCGUAUCAGCUGCUGUCUGCAGUGAGUGCCCUGGAAGAGAAGUUUGGAACUAGAGUUCCCAUUCUGUUUCUCCGAGGGUCUAGUUCUCAACGCUUGCCAGACAGAUACCGAAGGCACCCUCUUUUUGGUAGUGGAAAAGACUGGCCGGAGAACUGGUGGAAAUCACUCUGCCUACAGUUGAUAAUGGAAGGAUUCCUCAAAGAAGUCUCCGGGCAUAGCAAGUUUGCAACUACAUGCGUGCUUACCCAGAAGGGUAGAAAUUGGCUGUUAAAAGCUGGAUCUGCCUCAAAUCCAAGUCUUCUACUGCAGUCCAGUGAAGACCUUAAUCUGCAGAGACCUCUUAGAAGCAGUAGACCUUUACCUGCGCUCUCAACGCAGCGCUCCCCAGACACGAAGGGAACAAUGCAGUCGCCAGUCAAGCAGAUGUCUCUUUAUGAUAUGUUUUCAUAUGAGAGAAAAGGUAAAACUCCUCCAAGAAGCAAUAACAUGCUUAACAGUGUUGCAGAGCGCUCACCGGUGAAAUCUUCUCCUUUGAAGCCCCCAGAACCUGUUGUUUCAUCCCGAGAAAAAGAACUAGAGACUGCUCUAUAUGGCAAGUUGCUGACUGCUAGACAGAAGGUAGCUAAUGAGAAGCUAAUUCCUCCAGCUGUCUUGGCAACCAAUAAGAUCCUGGUGGAGAUGGCCCGAAUAAGGCCUACGAAUGUUGAGAACGUGAAGAGAAUUGAUGGUGUAUCUGAAGCGAAAUCCACCAUGUUGGUCCCUCUCCUGGCUGAAAUUAAGGACUUCUGCCAAGUGAAUGGUUUGCAGACUGACACAUUCCCCACAUCUGGAUCUAAAGAUCAGAAAGAAGCAUCUCCUUGGAAGCGUACGGGAGCCCUCUCUGCCUCAGAGCAUGUCACGUAUGUCCUGUUCCAAGAGAAAAAUCUCUCUGUGAGGGCUAUAAGUGACAGCAGAUCUCUACCUCUUUCUGAGGUUGGUGCUCACCUGUUCCAGGCAAUGAAAGCUGGCUACCCUGUCAACCUGGAGCGAGCAGGUUUGACUCCUGAAGUUCAACAGAUCAUUUCGGAUGUCAUCCGUAAUACUCCCAUUGACUCGGACACCACCAAAAUUCAAGAAAUUAGGAAACUUGUUCCUGCAAACAUUGAACUGUAUCUCAUCAGGAUGACUAUUGCAUUAUUGGAGAAAGAGGAUAGAAAUAAGUCUCAGAAUGGCUCAGGUGUUAAAAGGAUGUUGGUUUGGUCAGAAGGCCAGCAGGAAAAGACAGGAGCAGCUCAAGCAAGCACGGAAGAUGCCUUGUGCAGUAAAACAAAGGGUAAUUUGAUCAAUCCGACACUGAAGGAAGGAGCAGAGAAAACCCAUCUGCAAGUGGUGGCUUCGAACUCGCAUCCCCCUUGUAAGAGGAAGGUGCCGGAAUGGUUUGGAACCUCAGUGGAGUCAGUUCUACCUGCAACCCAGGUGAAGAAAUCCAAAGCAGAGACCAGAAAAGGGAUUUUUAGUUGAACAUAGAAAUGAAGAUUUUUUUUUUUUUUACCUUCCCUUCCACUGCAAAGAGCAUUUUAUGUACAGAGUGCUACUUCACCGCUGUGGUGUAACUGCCCGUGCUUUACUCUUCAUUCCUCCAGAUGACUCCCCUCUCAUCUUAUGCUUUUCACUGUACGAAAUCUGUUAUUAUUAAAAAAAAUAAUA